ACAGAGCGGGACGCAGCACUUUCCUAUUUCAAACGAUGUCACAGAGACACAGGAUAAAGCAGUGUGGUUCUCGGGCCCCCGGCUGGCUCCGUCGGUUAAGCAUCUGACUCCUGACCUCACCUCCAGUCCUGAUCUCAGAGUCAUGUUCAUCUGCUUUGCUUCUUUAAUUCCACCUAUGAAUGACACCAUACGGUCAUUGUCUUUCCCGACUGACUUAGUUCACUUAACAUGAUCCCUCUUGUUCUAUCCACGUCAUUGCAAAUGGCAAGAUUUCCUUGAUAGCUGAGUAACAUUCUUCUCUCUAUGACCAUCAUCUAUCUCCCAUCCUCUUUAUCCAUCAUCUGCCCGAGGGCACCGAGGCUCCUCCCACAGUGUGGCUACUGUGGACCCGGCUGCUGUGGACAUUGGGGGCACAGGUGUCCCGGCGUCUCACUGCAUCUGUAUCUUCGGAGUGAGCUCCAGGCCGUGCACCUGCCGGUCGCAGGGCAGCUCUAUGGGUAACUUCCUGAGGAGCCUCCGCACUGUUUCCAUGGCGGCUGCAACAGCCCGCGGUCCCGCCCACAGUGGAAGAGGGUUGAGUGAGUCUUGGCGGACGUGGUAAAAGCUUGGUCCACAUUUCAUUUCGCAUCCUGUGGGUUCCAAUUCAUUGUCCUUAAGUAUUUCUGGGGAAGCCGGGUGUUGUGCUCCAUUUCAGCGCGACGUUUCCGAAGCUCAUAGGUCUCAGCUGGAGCCCGGAAGGAGGCAGGUCCGGCCUUGGGCGCGGGGACGCCGCCUCCUGCAGGGCCUCCUUCAGCGCCUGAGCAUCCCGCAGGGGGUGCCCGAGCCCAGGCCCGGGUCAGGGGGCGCGCGUGCGCAGUAGGCCUCGUCCGCCUGCACUAACAGGAGCCCGUCUGCGCUCUGGAGGCCUGAGGAGGAUGUGGGGCCGCGUCCACGCUGACAGGAGCCCCGGCCUCCUCAGGACCUGCGGUGAGACUUCAGGAAGAUGUGGGGCCGCAUCCUCGCUGACAGGAGCCCCGGCCUCCUCAGGACCCGCGGACCCGCUGUAUAUGACUCAGGAAGACAUGGGGCCAGGUCCACCAUGACAGGAGUCCGGCUUCCUCAGGACCCGCUGGAGGAUCCUGGAGGCGCUGUUCAGAGUCACAUCCACCUCAGCAGGGGCUACUCAGAACAACAAGGCGCACCAAGCAGGGUCUCCACAGGACCUGUCACUGUGCAAGGUCACCGACCACCAGGGCUUUCUGCAAAACUCCGCCAGGAGACCCGGCGCGUGGACAAAUGGAUAAAAAUGCUCAAGCGAUGGGACCACUACCUCCCCAGCGAGAAGGCAGGGAGCCCUGUUCCACAUGCUGGCGGCCUACUCGGUGAACGACACGGACAAGGAGCAGAUGUCCACCGGCAUCUAUACCCCAAAGUGGUUCCUGCAGUGCUUCCUCGGCCCCCCGGGACCCCUGAUCCCGGACCUGCCCCCUGCCCCCGGGGAGGGCCCAGCUCAGCCCCACCCUCCGACGAGCCAGGCCCGACCCUGGGGCCCUGAGGCUGAGGCUCGCAGCCCAGCCCGUCCUGGAGAAGUCCAGAGGGUCCCUGGAGGAGGUUCCGGGGGGCGAGCCAUCUCUGUCUCAGCUCCCCCGCGGGAGGCCAGGUCAGCCCGGGGUGUGGACGGGCCCUCGGCCCAUUGGGCGGCCAGCCCGGGGUCCUCUCGAGGCGUGGUGUCGUCAAGUGGGGGCAGAGUCUGUGCCCCCAGGGGUGUGGGGGGUGCUGGCCGGGUUGGAACCCAGAGUGGCCAGGAGCCCUGAUCUCCCUGGGAGGAGGGCACGC